CGUCGCCGUCUUCCUCAUAGUUACUUUAGAAUUCGUCGUAUAGAAGAAAACUUGAAACAACAAUCUGAGAAAAGAGCGUUUUAUCUUCUUGAUUUUGGAAUCUCCUCCAAAACGAUGGAAGGUUCAGCUGAUCAAACUACGAAAGCGUUAUCUGAAUUAGCCAUGGAUUCUUCUACCACCUCGAAUGCUACUGAGUCUAGCGCUGGUGAUGCAGCUGGACCUCGGAGUAAAAAUGCUCAGAAGAAGGAACUGAAAUUGAAGCAGAAAGAGGAAGAGAGGAAACGCAAGGAAGAAGAGAAGGCUAAACAAGCUCCGAAAGUAAGCUCCCAGAACCAGAAGGCAGUGGCAGCAGAUGAUGAAGAGAUGGAUGCAACGCAAUACCAUGAGAACAGAUUGAAAUAUCUUGCGGCUGAGAAGGCUAAAGGGGAGAAUCCAUACCCUCACAAGUUCUCUGUGUCAAUGUCCAUUCCUGAAUACAUUGAGAAGUAUGGUAGUUUAAACAAUGGAGAUCAUGUUGAAGACGCUAAUGAAUCUCUAGCUGGGCGGAUAAUGAGCAAACGAUCUUCCUCUUCCAAGCUCUUCUUCUAUGAUCUACAUGGUGAUGAUUUCAAGGUCCAAGUCAUGGCUGAUGCAAGUAAGUCAGGAUUGGAUGAAGCUGAGUUCUUAAAGCUCCAUUCGAAUGUCAAGCGUGGUGAUAUUGUUGGAGUCACUGGGUUUCCAGGAAAGACUAAGAGGGGAGAAUUGAGUAUCUUUCCCCGAUCAUUUAUCCUUCUGUCCCAUUGCCUCCACAUGAUGCCGAGAAAGGCUGAUAAUGUUAAUGCAAAGAAACCUGAAAUCUGGGUUCCAGGUGAAACGAGAAAUCCUGAAGCAUAUGUUCUGAAAGAUCAGGAAUCAAGAUAUCGCCAGCGUUAUCUUGAUCUGAUGUUGAACGUGGAGGUUCGUCAGAUAUUCAAGACCAGAGCUCAUAUCAUCUCCUACAUCCGCAGAUUCCUCGACAACAAAAAUUUCUUGGAGGUCGAGACACCUAUGAUGAACAUGAUUGCUGGUGGUGCAGCUGCUCGACCAUUUGUGACACAUCACAAUGAUCUAGAUAUGAGGCUUUACAUGCGUAUCGCACCUGAACUCUUUCUCAAGCAACUUAUAGUUGGAGGCUUGGAACGUGUUUACGAGAUAGGAAAGCAAUUCAGAAACGAGGGUAUUGACCUGACCCACAAUCCGGAGUUCACCACUUGCGAGUUCUAUAUGGCCUUCGCAGACUACAAUGACCUGAUGAAGAUGACUGAGGAUAUGUUGAGUGGCAUGGUCAAGGAGUUAACAGGUGGUUAUAAAAUCAAGUAUCAUGCUAAUGGGUAUGAUAAGGAUCCAAUUGAAAUCGACUUCAAGCCACCAUUCAGGAGGAUUGAGAUGAUAGGAGAGUUGGAGAAGGUGGCUAACCUCAAUAUACCAAAAGACUUGGCUAGCGAAGAAGCUAACAAGUAUCUGAUUGAUGCAUGUGCGAGGUUUGAUGUCAAAUGCCCUCCUCCUCAGACAACAGCUCGUUUGUUGGAUAAACUUGUUGGAGAAUUUCUGGAAGUGACAUGUGUGAACCCAACUUUCAUCAUCAACCAUCCUGAGAUCAUGAGUCCAUUGGCAAAAUGGCACAGAUCGAACAAUGUUUUGACAGAGAGAUUCGAGCUGUUCAUCAACAAACAUGAACUCUGCAACGCCUACACGGAGCUGAACGAUCCUGUGGUACAGCGCCAGCGUUUUGCUGAUCAGCUCAAGGAUCGACAAUCUGGAGAUGAUGAAGCGAUGGCUUUAGAUGAGACAUUUUGUAGUGCUUUAGAAUAUGGGUUGGCUCCAACAGGUGGUUGGGGAUUGGGUAUAGACAGGCUUGCUAUGCUUUUCACCGACUCACAGAACAUCAAGGAGGUUAUUCUCUUCCCGGCGAUGAGGCCACCACAGGACGAGUCAGCAGCCGCUAAAGCUCCUUCAACAGAAGAGAAGAAAUAAGGAGAGUCUGCACAAGUUUUCAGACUAAGCUUUUAAAGAUUGGGUAGUGAAUUGGCUAUUAUGCACUCUGUUCUCAAGUUACUUGUAAUUGCAGACCAUAAUUUUCAAAAAUUAUUUACCAAUUAGUUAUGAUCAAAAACCUUUGUAAGACUUUUUUGCAAUCGUAUUUCUGUAACAUGAGCUUACCGGUCUACA